GCAAGUAACAUAUUUGAAAGACUCUACAUAGAUUCAUCCAUACAAUCUUGACAUUUAUUACAUAGAAACCCCCCUAAUAAGUAUGGCCCUUUUACUUGAUGACGAUGAGGAAUGCAUACCACUAUAUAAGGUAAGAAAAACGGAGGACCAAUUACAGACCAAGGAUUUUAGUAGCUCUGCGCUACCUUGUUGUGAUUCCGCUACAGCGGUCCUAUUUAAUGUAAAGGGUGGUAACGGAAUCCAGAAGAUGGAGCUUCUCAUGUAUGGCUCACCCACUGUACUCCCCACAUCUGAUAAGGCAGCAAAUUUAGGUCCAUCGGAUUUAUUUUUUCGUACCACAAGUUUGAAAAGUGCGUGUGCUGAUAGUUCAAGUGUUUCUAAUAAGAGCAAUAGCGCGUGCUUGAAAUCAAAUUAUCAUGAAAACGAAGAUUUAAUGAACCCCAAUGGCCGAACAGAAACCAGUGAAUUCUUAUCGAUGGAUGCUACUGAUGUUGGCGAUCACAACAAUUCAAGAAGUGUCAGUAAGUACAGUAACAAUGACACCAUUAAAAAAAAAAACAUCUCCCAUUCUACGACGGUGACGUCUGUGACACCGACCGGUGGAAGUGCAUUCGGUAACGUGUUUCAAGAGUCCACUGCAUCUCCAGACAGUGUCAGCGCAGAUAAAUUAGAAAGUCAUGUUGAGCGCUCGUUAGAUGGUGAGUUGGAGGUACAAAGCUAUAUUCAGAAUCCUUGUCCGGUUUCUGAGUCUUCUCCUCCGAUAUGUGCAAAUGAAAGGUCAACGCCAGUGACACCAUCGUUUGUAUCCCAAGUCAGUUCUUGCAGUGUUUCCGACAGGAAAUCUACAGGAAAGCAGCAGUUAAAAUUGUCAGAUUUCUUUUCUAAAAUGGCGUGUAAGAAAAAAUACUAAAAUCAUUUCAUUUAUAUUGCAUUCUUUAUUCUUCUAAAAGGAGAUAUUAAAAAGUGCUGAUCAUUAUUCAGACACACCAUAGAUCUCUACAGAACAUUCAGUUUACAUCAACAAUUGCGUGGUCUGUAACCACUCUUCUUCUUUCGUUCAUAAAUGGAGUGAUAUGCUUUGUAUAUUGUUAGCGCUUUUCUGCCGAAAAAGCUAAUGCCUU